ACACACACAAGGAUGCAAGUCAAACUCAUUAGUCCUUUUCCUCUCCUAAAUUUGUAUUAAAGAGCUUAAUCACAUAAACAAAUCCUGAUCUGCCUUAAACCCCAGAUAAAAUCAAAACAAUGGUCCAUAAUUGUCCUGGUUCUCUUCGUUUGUUGUGUUUACCUGUCUUCGAUGAGGCUCCUUCUCUGCAAUGAUUUCUUCUAUUCCACUUUGUCAUCUUGCUAAUUGUUAUUUAUUUCUUUACUCUAGAGGACCAAGUAAAAAGGGUCACAAAAUUACACACAUGAUCAUCUUCUUGUAUAUUUGGCAAGCUCAAAGUCACAAGUUAAACCACACAUGAUCAUCUUCUUGUAUAUUUGGCAAGCACAAAAUUACACACACUUAGCAAAUCCAUUCACAUCUUAGCAAAAUUCAUUCACGUCUUUGGUGUACCCCAUAUCAUCAUCUUGAGAAACAUGAGCAGUGAAAAUCAUCACCAUCCCCAUCAUUACUUUUACCAUCAGAACCUGCAUAUCCAUCACAGAAGCACAUUCCUGCCAAUGCUAUGUUCAAGGCCAUCAAUCAAAGAUGUGAGUCUUCCACAGUGGAGAGACCCACCAGGAUCCUUCUCCAAUGACCCUUUGUCCCCAAGAAUUGGUUGCAUGGGUCAGGUGAAGAGGCACAACAAAAUAGUUGGACUACUCACCACCAAAAGUAACACCGCCAACAACAUCUCCAUUUCCCCUAGUGUUAAGUAUUCCAAGCUCAAAAAACUCUUCUCGGGGAAAAACUUAGGCACAAGCACCAUCAAUGCUGCUACUGCUCCUACUGCCUCCAGCUGUGGAAGUAGGCCGCGAGGGACGGUGAAUAGCACAAAUGUGCCAAGGAACCACAAGCACAGGAGUAGUAGAAAUGAGAAUGUUGUUCCCAUAAGCAUUGAAAAUAUGGAUCCUCCUCUACCUGUGAUCAAGAGAGUGCAGAAGCCAGAGGAAGAAAGACAAGUGGAUAAUCUUUGGAAAAGAAGAUCAGGUGGGGCUGCAUUGAAGAGUUUGCAGCUUCAACAGAUUCACCAUUCAAGACAUCAUCCUCAGCUUACAAGUGUUUGAGGGGUGAUCAGAUAAGAAGAAGCAAAACUCUUCUUUUUUUUCUCUGUCACUUGAAAAUUUUAUAUCAGAUAUGAUCUAAAUGGCAUGUUUUUAGUUUUCGUGCUGUUUGAUUUCCUGUAGCAUCUCAAAAGGAGAUGGUGCAGAAUAUUCUAGUUAUAUUGUAUACAAUAUAUCAGAGAAUAGUUUAUAGAUCCAUGCUUGUAUGUGUUCCAAAAUUAACCAAAAGAACCUACAAUUGAGGUUUCUUUGUAAAAGUGGCAGGAUUUGUGCUAAGAAAUUGGCAAAAUUGGUUUUGGUUUCUUCA